CGGUGUACAAAUUGUACUUUUUCACCUUAGGUUACCUAAUUAAAAUGUCAGUUCAUAUGGAUAUAGAAAAGAAAGGCAAAGACACACGUGGAUGCAAAGAGGAAAGAGGAAGUAGUUCCACUACUUUAAGUUUGGAAAAAGAAGACAAUGAGAAAAACAAUGAAACAUCAGGUAAAAUAAAGAGAUCAGAGUCAAGUGAAAGAGAAAGAGGUAAAUAUAUAAUUUACAAACGAAGUAAUUUGUAUUUUUGCACUGAAGAAUUGAUUGAAUUAGUCAUGUAUUUUUUUACAGGUAGCAAGUUUACAUGGAAAGAGUUCCGAACAUACUGCAAAACCCAACCAGGCCCCGAAAACAAUAGAAGUUUUAAGGCCCGGAUGAAAAAUGGGGGUCGUGAACGUGACGGGUUUGUUUGGGUGCCAAAAAAGAAAAAGAUCACACAUAACUACUACAAUCCACAAAUUUUAAAUCCUCCAGCUCUACCACAGGUCAAAAACAAUAUUUUUUAUGGUUUCCAAACUUUAAACUUAUAGGCUUUUUUUAUCUUUACUUGGUCAUAUCAAAUUUAAAUAGCAAAUUUAGUCUGACAUUUAGAUUAAAUUGGAGAUAUUACUACGUAUAUAGCUACAAUUUGUUCGGCCAGUGUUACUUACUUGGGUUAGCCGCGUCAUUAAACAACAUCAAUAUUAUCUGAUUGGUCAGUUUGACAACAAUAUUAAAAAAAUUUUUUGUAAAGUAGUUGUUUGAUUUUGCUUUGAGAACAAUACACGUUGUGCAAACUAUUCUGGAUAAAGUUUUGCGAAGUCGAACAUUUGCGAUAACUGAAAUUAAGAAAAUUUUCUGUAGAUAAACCAAAUGUUUUCAGAGGUGUUCAGAGGUGAAAGAAACCUGUUUUUCCUUUUCAUCUUAGUUGUAGAUGACUUUUUUGAAUUGAACAAUUUGUUAUAUUUUAAUAAAAGAGAAAAUUUAAACUGCUCUUCCAAAAAUAAUAUAAAAGACAAAAAAGUAACCUUACAUAUUAAACAAAUUACUUGCCACGCUGUCUUAUGUAACCAUCUUGUCUCGAACGCUCCUGGUCUGCCAGCGUCAGUCAUGUGGACGAAGUAUUACGGAGGCCGAAUUAAAAUAAUCAACCUCGUUUCCAGCGCAUAUUUGUUAACAAAAUUGAUUUGCAACAAUAAGCUUUGAAGAAAAGUUACGUCUAAAAUAAAAAUUGCAAGUGUCUCAGUUUGGAAAACUUAAAAGCUAAGACAUGGCCUAGCCAGUGUUGCUUAUAAAGUGUAAGCAAAAUUCUUAUACACACUUUAGGUGACUUUUAACGGAUUUUCCGCCAUUUAUUGCCUGAAUUUUUAAAUAGCGGGAAUAAAGUUGUACAUGCGCAAACAAAAUACCGAGCGUGAAACAGCCUGGAAUGAUUCAAACAUGUUUCUUAAGAAGAUGAUAAAAAUGUGAUUAUGUUAAAAUUUAUAGGUGGUGUUAUUAAUAUUAAAAGUAAAAGUUUAUCGAUAAUUGGUAUCGUUACUAUCGGUGGUAUUGGUAAUACGGUAUCGGUAAUUGGUAAUGGUACAAUGUAUCGGUAAUGGGAAUGGAGUUGUAUUGGUAAUAUCGGUAAAAUGAACAAAAGGUAUUGAUACUAAUCUAGAAAAUAUCGGUAAAUUAUACAGUUAUCAAUACUUUUUAUCGGUAAUUUUAUGGGUAGUAUCAAUGCAGUAUUAUUACCGAUAUUAUAGGUUGUUACUGUUUUCCCUAAAACCGUCACAUUUAUGGUAUGUAGUUGCUGUUUCCCUGUUGCACUCUUAGGAGUCUUUAUCAUCAAGGAUGUCUGAUAUUUCUGUGUCAGGUGAAAUUUGUCCUAAACUGUGUUGGUCUCCCAAAGAUACUUGUGCACCUGUAUGAAACAGCACCCUCCUCUCUCUCAUUCAACACACAUUUCACUACACACUUCUCACCCACUAAGUCUACAUAUCGAGCUUGCUUUUUGACUGUAGUGACAGUUGAAAGUAACAUAUCUUAUUACACAAAAAUAACUAGUCAACUAAUUAACGCGAAUUUGUUAAUUCCAUACCUACAUAGAUUUCUCCUCCGUUAAAUAAUGGUUCGCGUUAAGAAAACAUCUAUAUGUUUUAACGCAUUUUAUUUUUAAAUAAUUGUAUGUUUUAGUAUAUGAUUUCGAGAACUUCUUUUUGAUCUACAAAAAUGUGACAACAAAACAUAAAACAGAGAGAUGGAGUGUUAACAAAUCAACAAAUGUCGCCAACGAAACCAAAAUUAGAUUAGUUUAAACCCCUUUACUUUAUGAUAUUUUAUAUAUAUAAAAAGAUUGCCUAUGCAUACCUAAUUGCUGUUGUUUUUUCUUUGCUUUAAAUUCAUCUAAUUUUGAGAAAAGGAAUUUUUUAAAGCUGAAAAUUCGCGUUUUAUAAUGCUGUUUAAAUAUUUGCUUUUUUAAAUUCGCGUUAUUUACCACAAACUUAAAUACCAAAGUUUAUAAAUUCGCGUUAAUUUCAUGUAUCAUAAUUACUCCCGCUUUAUUAAGAUGACUACUUAUUUUCGUGUAAUAAGGUAUUUGAAUCAAUUUCCCUUGUUUUCUGACUUUGCAAUAUCUGUAUCAAAUCACACAAUGCUUUAUUAUUUGGCCAAUCUAGCUUUUAGAAAUGUUUGGAGCAAUAAAACGCGCUUUACAAUCCAUACAACUAUUAUUUACAGGUUCUUUUGCACUGUAAAAUUUAUCCAUUUCAUGAUAUUCACGUUAUGAUCACUUUUAUUUAUCUAAUGUUUACUUACUUAUUCAUUUUGAAUUGCUGCCAUAUUUGUUGUUUUGUGUUGUGUUCUGUGGCAGUUGUAUUUUUCUGGUUCUCUUUACGGUCAAUGGUUUUAGGAAUUUCCUACAAAAGGGGCGCUUUUGCUUUCUUAAAAAAUAUUUAUAGAAUUGCAACCUCUAAAUAUAGUAGACCGACUGUCAUUAGACAAGUAAUAUCAUUGCAGCUAGCUGUUUUGUCACCUCAUCAAUCAUCUACAUCACUUCCUUUUCUUUUUUCUUGGGCUUUGUCUAGCUUCUGACAAUGAUUAGAACAAUGAAAGUCAGCUUUAUAAUCUGUAAAACGUCUAUUUACAGGUUUUUUUGUACAAUAUUUACAUAACUUUAGUUUUUGUUUUAUAUGGGCUUUGUCUUCAAGAGUGGAAGGGAUGGGUUGCCCAAUCAUCUUCUCCCCAUCAGUUUUGGGUCAUCUUGUGCAUUACAUUGUCUCGCAUAAUGCUCUCCUAAACCACACUU